AUCAGAUACACCUGCCGCCAUCCCCUCCCCAGCUCGGACUCUUUCCCCUGCCUCCUCUCCGUCUCCAAUACCAGAUGCUAAAGACACUGCUGCUGAUGCAGGUCCUAAAGAAGACUCGGCUCCUAAGAAAGAUCUGUUCAACGCUUGGGGUGAUUCUCGCACACCAUCCCCACCUCCUAUACCAUCUGAACCUGAACCGACCAGAACUCCCACCCCAGAACCAUCUCCAUCUCCAGCACCAGUUCCAGAGCCUACACCUCCGGAGCCAGAGCUAACUCCUAUUGGCACCUGCAUUGCUAUCUACUCCUUCGAGGCUCAGGAAUCUGACGAGCUUUCUAUCAUCGAGGGGGGCACUGUCGAAGUUGUAGAGUUUGUAGACGAUGAUUGGAUCAAGGGAAGAGUUGGUGACCAAGUUGGUAUUUUCCCCCGAUCAUAUGCCUCGUUUGGAGACGAAGAAGUAGAAGAAGAAGCAUUGGAAGAGAUAUUGGAGGAAGAUACACAUUCAAUGGGUGUGUUCUAUGACUUUGAAGCAGGAGCUGACGAUGAGUUGAGUUUGACGGCGGGUGAUAUGGUUAAAGUUAUUAGUACUGUUGGAGUGGAGUGGAUUAAAGGGAGAUUUGAAGGCAAAGAAGGAAUAUUUCCCGCUUGUUUUGUUCCAGCUAUUCCUGACCACUGGAAUAUUCCCGAAGACUCUGAAACUUUCACUGAAAACUUUGAGACUACCGAGGAGAGUAGUAGCAGUAGCAGUAGCAGUAGCAGUGACGAUCACAAGGACACAAUGUCAGAGAUAAGCGAUUCAAGAAGUUACUCUGCAGAACCCAGCUCUGAUCUGGGCAGAGUCGAGAUUAUAGCUGACUUUAAAGCAGAGAAUGGUUUCGAAAUGAGUGUAAACACGGGAGACAUAGUGAAAAUAACAGCGCGACUAAACGACCUGUGGUUAGAGGGGGAAUGUAACGGUAAUAACGGUAUUCUACCAGUUAACUUUGUGAAGUGGCUCGAUACUACACCUGAGCCUGAUAUUAUCGGAAAUCCAGCUGCAACUGAUAGACUGGUUCUAGAGCGUCAGGACACUAUAAAACCCAUCGAAGAGCCUAAAGAAACAGAAGUUACUCCAGCACCACUUGGUAUAGGGUUCAGCGAGUGCAAUCCCUUCGCUCAAGAGUUUGGCAUCGGAGCUACACCCCCGACUCAAGAGUUUGGCAUCGGGGCUUCACCCCCGACUCAAGAGAGCUUGACUGGCGAUCUACCGCCUCCCCCCACUCAAGAGGAUUUGGAUCAAACUUUAGUCCAUGCUGAUAACCCUUUUACUGCGGACCUGUUUGGGGGUAAUGUUGGGGUUGUAGAGACACCUUCCCCUUCUACUCCUACUACUGAACCGUCCGUUAAAUCAGGCAAUAAUAGAAGAGCGUUAUACGAAUUUACCUCUGUCAACGAUGAUGAAUUAGAUUUCGAACUAGGAGACAUAAUAAAAGUUACUGAAUUCUUAAAUGAAGAUUGGCUAAGAGGAACGUGCAAAGGAAAAGAGGGACUGUUCCCAACAUCAUUUACCGAGGAAUUUCCCCAAUCUUAAUGUUGAUUUUAUGAAAAUUCUCUUGACGAGAUAAUAAUUGUCAGUUGACAAUGUAAACUUUCUUUGUGUACAUCAUUUGAUGCAGCAGCAGCUGCAGACACCAAUAUCCAUCCAAGCUUUUAAUUUCACAAUCAUCGCAAAUUUAUAGUUUAAAAUUGUUUGAUUGAUUCAUCCCACUACUUCCCUUCUUUUAUCUCAAUUUCAUAUUUUUACUUUAAUUAAUGUUUUGAGGCAUUCUUAUCAGGAUUUUAAAAUCGU